AUCGCUUCGAAGACAGAUCCAGUACUUGGACUUCUCACUAACCUCGUCAUGAGACACGGCCUGCUUCAUCGCGCUCGCAAAACCGUCGCCGAAUGCCUACUCUAUAUCCAAAGUCAGACCCAUUCCGAUCCGUUGCCUUUUGUGAAAGAGGCAAUCCGCAGAGCUUCUCCGAGCGUCCGGGUGGUCUCGCACAAGAGAGGCGCAAAAAUCAUCAGGGUGCCUCUCCCUCUUUCGGAACGACAACGUACCCGGACCGGCAUAAUGUGGAUUUUGGAAGCGGCCGAGAAGAGA